AUGGCUCAAGCUGCCACAACAACACCAUUACCAAUGACGGAAUCAACUACUGCACCACCAAAAAUUGUUUUUGAAAUACAUGAACAAAUUUUGGCAUCUGUGGUCUUAUAUAGUAUGACACUCCUUUGUGUUAUAUGGGGUUCUGUUAGAUCUUUAAAAUACAUUAAAAAGUGUAUUAAUAAAAAAGAAAAAAUUGAAGCAUCAAUCUCAACAAAAAAAGCAUUAAAAUUUCCAAUUACUGCUUCUAUAGUUUUGUUUUCAUUAUAUUUACUAUUUAAAUGUGAUACAGAAUGUCGUAUGAAUGCUUUUGAUAAAGUUAAACAGUAUGUACCAGAAAAUGCUGUGAAAUUUUUUACUGAUUCAUAUGACGUAUAUCAAAGUAAAAUUGAAAAAUUUUUACCGAAAGAGAAUAGUGAAAUUGGUGAAGUUAAACCACCAACAACAGCUGUGGAGAAGGUAAAGUUUUUCUUUAAGAAUAAUGUUAAACCAAUGAUCAACAGUGAAAAUAUGAUGUUUGCUCUUUUAAUUCUUCUUUGUUAUGAAGGUUCAGUUGCAUUGGCUAACCUAUUUCAUCCAAUGGUUUCAAAGAUUUUCCAAAUUCUUUCAUUUGGUAAAUUUAAAAGAAAGAAUUAUAGAAUUAAAUUUGAUGAUGGAACUAAGGAUAUGACUGAGGAUGAGGCUGAAGAUGCUUCUGAGGAAGUUUGGUCAAAUACCUCUAAGAUAUACUAUGAUAAUUAUUAUAUUUAUACAUUAAUGUUUUUCGGUCUUAUUGGUCUUCGUCAUGUUUUAGAAAGACAUUGGAUAACAAAUAAUCUUAUUGGAAUAGCUUUUUCAAUUGUUGGAAUUGAAAUGCUUCAUCUUUCAAGUUUCAAAGCUGGAUGUAUUUUAUUGACAGGUCUUUUCUUCUAUGAUAUUUUCUGGGUUUUUGGAACUGAAGUAAUGACAACAGUAGCCAAAAAUAUUGAUGCACCAAUUCUUCUUCAAUUUCCUCAGGAUAUUCUUAGAGUAGGAAUAAUGGCUAAUAAACAUAGUAUGAUUGGUUUAGGAGAUAUUGUUAUUCCUGGAAUUUUUAUUGCACUUAUUUAUAGAUUUGACAAUAGAGAUUAUCUUUUAGGAAAAGAACAAGGAAGAAAAUUUUUCUACUUUUUUAUUACUAUUAUUGCUUAUGCUAUUGGGCUUUUAAUAACUAUGGGAGUUAUGCAUUUGUUUAAGGCAGCUCAACCAGCUUUGUUGUAUCUAGUUCCAUGUUGUAUUAUUAUUCCUUUUGUUGUAGCUCAUCUUCGUGGUGAUUCAAGCUCAUUGUGGAAUUAUAAUGAGGAACAAUUUGUUGAUCCUAAAAAAGAUGAGAAAGAUGAGAAGAAAACCAACUAA